AUGUUCCGCAUCCUCCUGAUUUCGCUGUUGCGCUUCCUGGGCUUAGUCUCCGUCAGCCUCCCUCUCGUCUCAAGUCGGGCGUUGAACCAGCCACGAGCUCUUCCCCCAAGCAUAGAUUCCUUCUAUAAGCCGCCUGCGGGCUUUGAAUCCAAAGCGCCCGGCACUAUUCUACGCCAACGCCUUGUUAUAUCGUCCUUUUUCGGACUCAUCCCAGACCCAGUUGAAACAUGGCAACUCCUCUAUCGCACAACAGCCAUUGACGGCUCGCCCAUUGCCACAGUGACGACAAUCUUUAAGCCUCUCUUCCCCAAGAAGGACCGCUUCGUCUCGUUCCACACGGCAUACGACAGCUCGGCCUCCAUUUGCAACCCCAGCUACAACUACCAACUAGGUGCCCUGCAGGUUGACCUGAUUUCAUCAGCCGAGUUUCUCCUAUUACAAACCUAUCUGCUCUCCGGCUACAUCGUGGCGUCACCAGACUAUGAAGGGCCCGAUGCGGCCUUCAGCCCCGGCCGACUCGAGGGGAUGGGUGUCCUAGACGGCAUGCGAGCCGUGGUGAAUUUCAAAAACACACUGCACUUCUCCACGUCCACCCCCAUGAUUGUCGGCGUCGGGUACUCUGGCGGCGCCAUCGCAACUGGCUGGGCGGCCUCCCUCCAGCCAACGUACGCCCCGGAGCUGGCCAUGAAGGGCUGGGUGCAAGGCGGCACUCCAGCCAACCUCACGGGCAUUCUGACAUUCAUUGACAAUACCCUGUUUAGCGGCUUCCUGCCCGCCGCCAUCGACGGCCUGACGAAGCCAAGCGCGUACGGCGCGCAGCUGGGCCCCCUCGUCGAGAGCAUCGUCACGCCACGCGGCCGGGACAUCCUCAAGUUCGCCAACACCAACUGCGCCGUCGCCAACCUCAUCGCCUUCCCGGAGCAGUCGGUGCUGUCCACCAGCAUCCAGAGCCUCGGCCCCGGCCUCCUGUACCACCCGGACGUCGUGGCGGUCCUGCAGCGAAACACCAUGGGCGUUUACAAAAACGAGACGCCCACGGCGCCCGUGUUCGUCUACCACGCCAGCAACGACGAGGUUGUCCCGUACGCAAACGCCUCUACCCUGGUCGACGCGUGGUGCGGCUACGGCGCCAGCGUCAAGUUCACCACGUUUGCCAACGGCGGGCACGUCACCACCGAGGUUGUCGCCAUCCUCGACGCCCUGCAGUUCGUCAAGGACGCCUUUGCCGGCACGGUCCCCGGCGGCUGCUCGCGGAAUACGGAGCUCAGCAGCACCCUGAACCCCAUUGCCCUGGGCGUGGCGCUCGAGCCGUUGCUGAUAGGGCUGAUCGAGGUGCUGGCGAUUGCGGGAAAGAACGAUGCCAAUAUCCUGAAAGACAUCAAGACGCUGGGCAAGCACUGA